GGGCGGGCGCAGGGGCGGCAGCGGCAGCCGGGGCGGCGGUUGUGGUGGCGGCUGCCGGCAGCUGUCAGCGCCCGCUGCUCGGGGGCCGGGCCGCACGCCGACCGCCGGGCCGGGCUGGGCCUGUCAGCGCCUCGGGAGGGGCACUGAAAGCGGGGCGGUGCCCGCCCGCAUCCUUCCUUCCCUCUCUCCCCUCACCCCCACACAAAAAAAAUCCCCUUUUCCUUCCUCCCUUCCGCCCGCCCAUCGCUGACAUCCUCCUCCGGUCGCCUCCCUGCUCCCCCCGCCCCGGGCUGCGCGGCCCCCGCCGCCUCAGCGAGAGCUGCGCACAUCGGCCGAGCCUGCAGCACCGAGCGAAUGUAUGAAAACAUGUCCACAAUGGUGUAUUUAAAGGAAGAGAAGUUGGAGAAGCUUACUCAAGAUGAAAUCAUUGCCAAAACUAAGCAAGUGAUUAAUGGACUAGAGGCACUGAAGAAUGAACACAACUCAAUUUUACAGAGCUUACUUGAAACACUGAAAUGUUUGAAGAAAGAUGAUGAAACUAAUCUGGUUGAAGAAAAAUCAAACAUGAUUCGGAAGUCACUGGAAAUGCUGGAGCUUGGCCUUAGUGAAGCACAGGUAAUGAUGGCCUUGUCAAAUCACUUAAAUGCGGUGGAAUCAGAGAAGCAGAAAUUGCGUGCUCAGGUUCGCCGGCUGUGCCAGGAAAAUCAGUGGCUACGGGAUGAACUGGCCAAUACACAACAGAAACUGCAGAAAAGUGAGCAAUCUGUGGCUCAGCUGGAGGAAGAGAAGAAACAUCUAGAAUUCAUGAAUCAAUUAAAAAAAUAUGAUGAUGAUAUUUCACCAUCAGAGGAUAAGGAUACGGAUUCUACCAAAGAGCCUUUGGAUGACCUGUUUCCCAAUGAUGAAGAUGACCAAGGACAAGGAAUUCAACAGCAGCAUAGCAGCGCAGCAGCUGCUGCCCAACAAGGUGGCUAUGAAAUUCCAGCAAGAUUAAGGACCCUUCAUAACCUUGUUAUUCAGUACGCUUCCCAAGGGAGAUAUGAGGUUGCUGUUCCUCUCUGUAAACAAGCUCUUGAAGAUCUGGAGAAGACUUCGGGUCAUGAUCAUCCUGAUGUUGCCACUAUGUUGAACAUACUUGCUUUGGUGUACAGAGACCAGAACAAAUACAAAGAUGCAGCAAAUCUCCUGAAUGAUGCUUUGGCUAUCCGUGAAAAGACUUUGGGCAAAGAUCAUCCAGCGGUGGCAGCAACUCUAAAUAAUCUUGCAGUACUUUAUGGUAAACGAGGAAAGUACAAAGAGGCUGAACCGUUGUGCAAGCGAGCUUUGGAAAUCAGAGAGAAGGUCCUGGGGAAAGAUCACCCUGAUGUUGCCAAACAAUUAAAUAACUUGGCUUUACUAUGCCAGAACCAGGGUAAAUAUGAGGAGGUCGAAUACUAUUAUCAGAGGGCACUGGAGAUUUACCAAACUAAGCUGGGACCAGAUGAUCCAAAUGUUGCAAAAACAAAGAAUAACCUGGCAUCCUGCUAUCUAAAACAGGGCAAAUUUAAGCAAGCAGAAACUUUAUACAAAGAGAUUCUUACUCGUGCUCAUGAACGGGAAUUUGGCUCUGUAGACGAUGAAAAUAAGCCUAUUUGGAUGCACGCAGAAGAGAGGGAAGAAUGCAAAGGGAAGCAAAAAGACGGCACGUCUUUUGGAGAAUAUGGUAGCUGGUACAAAGCUUGCAAAGUUGACAGUCCAACAGUAACAACUACCUUAAAGAACCUUGGGGCACUUUACAGACGACAGGGCAAAUUUGAAGCUGCUGAAACAUUAGAAGAGGCAGCAAUGAGAUCCCGUAAACAGGGUCUCGACAAUGUUCAUAAACAGAGAGUUGCUGAAGUGCUGAACGACCCUGAGAGCAUAGAAAAAAGGCGAAGCCGAGAAAGCCUCAAUGUUGACGUGGUAAAGUACGAGAGUGGUCCUGAUGGCGGCGAGGAAGUGAGUAUGAGCGUAGAAUGGAACGGGGAUGGCACUGGAUCUUUAAAACGCAGUGGUUCCUUUAGCAAACUUCGGGCUUCCAUUAGACGCAGCAGUGAGAAGCUGGUUAGAAAGCUGAAGGGAGGAAGUUCACGAGACAGUGAACCAAAGAAUCCAGGCAUGAAGCGUGCCAGUUCUCUGAAUGUUCUUAACAUGGGUGGCAAGGCUACUGAAGAUCAUUUUCAAGAACGAAAUAAUUGUCUGACAGACUCGAGAGCUCUGAGUGUCAGUCAUACUGAUUUGGCGCAUUGAGAUUCUUGGACAGAAGCUAGCUAAUAUUCCUUUGUGAAUAAAGAAGCACUGAGACCUUCAAAGCUUUGGUUCCUCAUCAUUACGAAUAGGAACACCUCGUUUGUAGAUUUUGUUCAUUUUUUUUCCAAUGGACUGCUGUUUUUACUUUUCUAAAUAGGGAUGAUUUUAAACACAGUAUUAGUGGGUAAAAACUCUAUAGAUAUAUAUUGCUCAUUGCACUGCUCCCAUUCAUGCUACUCAUAUUGAUUUGUUUAAUAGAUCUGAAUAUUACAGCAGCCAAAAAAAUGUCAAAAAUGCAAACAUAUCUAAAGCAUACCAAAAUGCAAAGAUGUUUGAAAACGCAGGCAAAAUGAAAUGUGUAGCAGUAAAUAUACACAGUCCUGGAAUGACAAAAGGAAAAAUUUUAUGUGCAUUACUGUAUAAAUUGAAAUUGAGCAUACUGUAUUGGUGGGGCUUUCCUUUGCACCACAGAUUAUUGUAAUGGUGGAAACCUUAGCUGGCAAAACAGCACUUAGACCCGGCUUACUUAACCACUAGAUUGAGCUAUUAAAUUUUCCAGAAGAGAUGGUUGGGGUUACGUCACAUGUAGAUAGCAUGGAUAGCAAUACCUGUGACCAUAACUUUGAUACCUGUUGAUAUACAUCUUAGGGCACAAUAUUUGAUGGAGAUAGGACAGUUCACGUUGACCAGGAGAAAUGGAAAAUGUUUUGACCUUUACCUUGGAUGGUUGACAAAUACUGAAGUUUCGGACUGCGACUGUCCCAGAGCAGCUGCUGCUGCUCUUAGGGAAGCAUCAAGCCUCAGGUUGACUUUAUUUGCUUGUCCACUGGAAUUCAUGAUCCCGUUCUGUUUGCUGGGAGUGCUCCAACGUUUCCUUACGCUGAUCCCAGAUCCCGCCUUUCUCCGUAGCAGCUGCUGACAGGUGUGGGCAGCUGCCCGCUGGGCUGUUACGCUGCGGAGUAGCUGCUGUGCAAAGGACCACUCAGAUCUGACGGGCCCCGGUGGAUGCACUAGAUGGCCAGAAGCGGCAAGCAACUCGUUUGACCACGCACCCGUGUUAAAUCUACUUAGGGUUAACGUAUAUGCUGUCUGUAUACAGGACUGCUGCUGGAACUAAGUAUGUAUGUUUUUAAGUAUUUUAUAGACACUAGUAUUUCCUUUUGCUUUUCUGUAAAGCUUGUAAUUUUGUUUAUCUUUUGUAAAAAUUCCUAUUCAUGCAAAGUUUGAGAAAGUAAAAAAGCCACCAGUGUGUGUACAAAUGUAUUUGUGGUCAUAGCUGUGAGCUGGAAAAUGCUGAACAAAAUUAACUUUGGGAAAAGCUGGAGUAUUCAUUCAAGGUUAGCACCAACUGAAGGAGGUAGAACAUAGGAACAUAAGCAAGUUUUAGUAUUUGAACAGGCUGUGAAGAGUUACUAGAAUUAGUACUUUGUAGAAGUAUUUGACUGGCUUUGCAUCUGGUUUUAAGUUGUGUUACGACACCCGGUGCAAAAAGCUGUAUGUGUAAUGCACUUGCCUACGUUUACCAGGAGGUACCUUAUUAGCAUCUCUUUAAAGAAAGCUGCGUCUGGUGCGCCUGCUAUACAGUUUAGAAACGGUGAGAUAUGAUGCUGCUAAUAUGUAGAAGUUUUAGCACAUAGUGCAAUUCAUUAAUGAACUCAAGCAAGAACAGAUGGUUGCUCAGUUAUCUUAACAAUAUAUACUCAUAUAAUGUAGACUCUUGAGUUUUAAUCUUUUUAUUAAGAGCUUUUUAUAUAAAAAUAUACAUAAUAUAUAUACUUUUUUUCCCCUAAAGCAAAACAUGUUGCCUGCACCCAUUGGCGAGCUGGGUUGUGUGCAGAAGGCUGGGCUGAGCUGGCCCCGUGCAGCCGUUCUGCAGAGCUCCGACCUCUUUGGGCACAGAACUUAAAGUAACAAGGAAUUACCUAAAAGAAACUGAAGAAUAUGUUUUCUACAUUCAUAUUUCUGCUUUGAAGGAAAAUUAUUCUUGCAGCCUCUCAAACCCACAAAAAAUAAAUGGCAAUAAAAUGUUUAACCAUGCCAGAUUACAAUGUACAGUAAGUUUUUAAAAUGUAAGCCCAUGGUAUGUUGAUGGUGGUAGUGAGGGAAUUUUCUCAUUCAGGAUCUUAAUGUUGGUGGCAUUACUAGUCCUGUGCUUUUAAAUGUUUUAAACCUUUAUAUUGUAUUUUAAAGUGUGUUGGAAGAUUAAGUUGUUGAGCUACUGCAUAUUAAACAAUUCUCAUAUUUAAAAGGUUAUUUUUUUCAGAGAAGAAACAGAUUUCAAGACUUCUGUAAUUCAUAAAUCCCCAAGAAUGGUGACCAAGUCAUUACAGCUGUGAGCCAAUGAGCUGUUUGCAGUCUGAGAGAAACUUGUAAGAAAUUUAAGGUCAGCCUUCCUAUUGUUUGCAUCACGAAUGAAUUACUGUCAGGACAUGGUUUGUAUACAUUUAAAUUCCAGGUGGGCUUCUCAGUUGGCUUUUAUGUGAGAAUUUAUUUCUGAAUUCCCUGUCCAGUUGUAGCUCACAGUUCGCAUACAGUGUAAAACCAGAAUUCCUGAUCGUGUAGCUCUGGGAUGUCUUCAUUGUCAAACUAAAUCAACAGCUCUGAAGCAGAAAACUAGAAAACACCUUCAAAAUUGACAGACAUCUUGUUAGGAAAACUGCAGCCUUCACAGUGCUGUUUGGUUUGUAAUCCGGCACGUCUGCCCUUGCUCAGCAUUGUAAGGGUGAACUGCAUUAAAAAGGUAACGAUGCCUCUGGUUGGGCAGUUCCUCCGAUUCUCCUGCGGACGGGGGUGCAGAGUCAGCUCGGGUCCACUCAUGGAACUGUUGCUGAUAGAAAGUGCCUGUUUGUCCUUCUGUCUGUCUGGCUGUGUGCCAGUCUUGAGAUAGAUCGGUAAUACUUGGUCUUGGGUUUCGAGCUUAUUAAGUAUUAUUUUAAAAUAAUGUAACUGUUUCAUGGUUUGCUCCUUUUAGAGGAGGAAUAACUGUACUAUUGCUGUGGUGACUGUGCUUGCAGUGCUGCAGUGACAGAACACAGCACUUCAACAACGGGACAGCACUUGGACGUGUUACCUUUGGACAUCUGUACCUUUUCUUAAACAACAUCCCCCAAGUCCUCCUGAAUAGUAGUAAAUUAAAAACAGUUUUAAGCUUGAGAAGUACUUGUGCUUAGCUUGUACCAUUUGAAUCCAGUAAUUUUGAAAAUGGUGUGGUUCUGUUGUAAAUACAUAGUGAAAGGGGGGGUUCAGUGCUUUGUUGAAUGUGUGUUUACAAACUUGAGGAGUUCAAGUUAAUUUAGUUUUUGUUUUGCAGGUCAUGUAUUUUGUCUGAAAGCUGCUAAAAGAACUGCAUUUUUGGUAAUGUUAGCCUGUACUGAGAGAAUAAAUGUUAAAAGAUGUGAUGUUGUGAAGUUUACAGUUUUGUUGUAGCAACUUUACAUGGUCACAGACUUAUAGAAGUAUUGGUAGAAACAUAGGUGCUUUUUUUUCUCAACAGUUUAGAAUUGAGGGAAAUCUUGAACAUCAUCUACAUCUGGUUAUUUUCCUCCCCCAAACCACUCACAAUAGUCUUAGCACACUGAAUAGUUAAGAUCAAUAUUUACAAAAACAAACAAACAAAGGCCCAAAACAACAAGGCAAGAAGCAAAACCUGGUGCUGCCACCUGAUAGAAGUUGAAAGACUGGAGCUGUUGAGAAGAUACUCACAGUAAAGUUGCAAAACGGUUUCGUUAUGGCUGCUUUUAAACAAUUAGAGAACCAUACACAGUUGGAAGUUCAUUUAACGCUCCAGCUCCAUCUAACAGUAGUGCUGGCACACACAAUUGAGAGAGGCCAGCAAUUGCGUAGAGCUGGAACAAGCACAGUGAAGUAGCUUUUAAAACCAGAGCAGCCCUUGGGCUCCCUGUAUUUAUACUUGAGUCACAAGUCAAGCAUGGAAAGUUACUGAGUCCUUAGUUUUGAAUUCGGUAGUUGAAGCUUUGUGCAGCAGUGGUGCUGAGUUACAGUGUAAUUAGGCCAGAUGAGUUCUAUGCAAUCAGGAAUGGGAUUUUCUGUUUUCUUGGUGCUGGUUUAUAAAAGCGAAACCAACCCCCAACAACAGCAGAACCAGAAAACUGUUUGUAAUGUCCAUGUGUCGGUCUUGAGGAAAACCUUCCCCCCCUGCCCUGAUAUGGGGAUUUCACAUUUGAUUUUAAAAAAUAAUAAACCUUCCAAGAUGGGCUUUAAGAUGCUGCAUUCUACCUUCACGUGUAGUUACUGCUUAUCACAGCUAUGGACAAAAUCCUGUUCAGAGUUUAACUGUUUGUAUUAGCCCAUAAAACUUUGUUGAAAAGAAAUUUCCAUAAAUGUUACUGGUAACAAAUAGUCAUUCACUGUGAUUUCACCAAGAAACUUGUAAUGAGAUUGUUAAGUGUGUUUUACUACAUCUGUUUUGUUAAUAGUUCAGUUGUGAAAAUUCUUUAUCUUUACCAAUUUGGUUCCACUUUUCCGAAUCAAUGCUUCCAGAACCCUGUGCACUCUCUCUGCUGAAAAGGCCUCUUUAAAUACAUCACACAUCUGUAGAUUAAUUUGAAACUGUUUGAAAGUUUCUGAAGUGUCAUUUCAUGUUUCUUUUCAAAGUGUAGAAAAAUAUUUAAAUGUGGUCUUACAGGAUAAGAUGAUAUACUUAAUACAUUCUAGAAUGUACAUCUUCUUUGUGAAAAUUACUUCCAUUUUUCCUGUAUAGAAACAAAUCUCAGUUGUGAAACCCAAAGAUGAAUAAAGCUAUAUAAAGGGAA